AUGGCAGGGGCAGGGGCAGAGGGAGGGUGGGAUGGACAGAGCCAAGCGGUGCAGCCACACAGCUCCAUGUUUGCCUGCGUUUCAGGCUCAGGAGCUGUCAUCCAGAGAUGCCUUCAGGGCCCUGAUGAGAUGCACAGGCUCGGGACGGCUCAUGUAGGAAAAGACCACUCAAAACUUAUAAGCCCAGCUUGUUUUAGCAGCCUGUUGGAACAGCGAGUGGUCAACUCUUUUUAG